AUGGCUGACACAGAAGUCCUCCUGGCCCCCCAGGUCGGGGUCCAGCGCUCCCUCCGGGUCUACGGGGGUCUCUCCUGCAACACCCUCAUGGCUGGUAAGGUCACGCUAAGGUCAGAGUUUAUAGAGAAGCGUCCCUUCGUCCCCUCAGAGUCCGGGUCGGACCGGAGCCCGCUGCACGACGCAGCGUUCCAGGGGCGGCCGCUGAGCCUCAGGACCCUGCUGACCCAGGGCUUCCCCGCUGACCUGCGGUCUCUGGACGGCGUGACGGCGCUCCACGAGGCCUGCCUCGCCGGACACGCCCCCUGCACCCGGCUGCUGCUGGAGCACGGUGCCACGGUGGAGGCGGAGUCUUCUGACGGAGCCACGCCCCUCCUCAACGCCUGCCGCCGGGGCAGCGCCGCCUGCGUCAGACUGCUAUUGGGCCACGGCCCGGCCGUCCCAACCAAUCAGCUGCUGGCAGGGGCGGUCCACGAGGCGGCCGGGAGAGGCCACAGGGAGUGUCUGGAGCUGCUCCUGGCCUCCGGGGGCGCCGUGGAGGCGGCGCUGCCCGGCCGUGGGACCCCCCUGUACGCCGCCUGCCUGGGGGGGGCCACGGCCUGCGUGGAGAGUCUGCUGCUCGCAGGUACGGCUCUACGGCACGCUGACCCCACACAACCUCUGACCCCUCGUGCGUGCUUGUUACGAGCGGAGGUGAGCGGGGCCGCGGGGGGGAGCAGCCCGCUGCACGCGGCGGUGGCGGCGGGGGCGGGGCCAGUGGUGGAGCUGCUGAUGGCCUACGGGGCCGACGGGAGCGCCAGGAACGCCGAGGGGGACACGGCGCUGGAGCUGGCCGCCGCCGCCAUGAGGACCACGCUGGGCAGGGGUCCCGCCUCGCUGGCUCAGUUCUGCCGUCUGUCCGUCCGUCGCCGUCUGGGGCGGAGCCGUCUGUCCAGCGCAUCCAGGCUGCCCCUCCCCCCCAGCCUGAAGGACUUCCUCCUCCCCCAGUAGCCCCG